AUGGCUCAAGACCGUCGCACCUCAUUCACCCGCCACCACUCGCAGGACAUCCGCUCCACCUCCGCCCCGGGCGGCGUCGAGCACGCUGUGCGUGUCGAGCUCGAUGGCCUGGUCAAGCAGAUGCCCGAGGGCCCCGAGAAGGACAAGUUCUCCAAGGAGAUGGACGACUUCUACCGUCUCUUCCAGCGCUACCACCACGAGAAGAAGCACAGCAAGCCUCUAGGCAAGUCUGCCCCCGAUGUUUUGAUUGCCUGCGGGCGCGCUGAUGAAAAUGAACGACCGUCGGACCGUCUCAGUGUGAGCGCAUCGCCCCUGAUCCGGACACCAAAACAACAACAAAACACCUUUUUUACUCACAACAACUCUCACCACCACCAACCGCUGUGUAGGGACUGGGAGAAGGUCCGCGGCCCCAAGCCUGAGGACGUGAUCGCAUACAAGGAUCUGCCGGCCAAGGAGUUCAAGGAAGUGUCGCCGCUGCUCAACAAGCUUGCGGUGCUCAAGCUCAACGGUGGUCUCGGAACCACCAUGGGCUGCGUCGGGCCCAAGUCAGCCAUCGAGGUGCGUGACAGCCAGACCUUCCUCGAUCUCACCGUGCAGCAGAUCGAGUACCUCAACGAGGUCUCGGGCGCCGACGUGCCCCUGAUUCUGAUGAACUCGUUCAACACUGACGAGGACACCAGCAAGAUUGUGCAAAAGUACAACACCCACAACGUCAGCAUCUGCACUUUCAACCAGAGCCGCUGGCCGCGCUUCAAGACCGACUCGAACCUGCCGCUGGCACACACGCCCGAGAACCGCCCUGGCUACUGGUACCCGCCCGGUCACGGUGACCUGUACGAGGCCUUCGCCAACUCUGGCCUGCUCGACCAGCUGCUGGAGGACGGCAAGGAGUGGGUGUUUGUGUCCAACGUCGAUAACCUGGGUGCCACCGUCGACCCUGCCAUCCUGCAGCACAUGGCCGACACCGGCGCCGAGUUCGUUAUGGAGGUCACCGACAAGACCAAGGCCGAUAUCAAGGGUGGAACAAUCAUCGACUACGACGGCCAGGUGCGUCUGCUCGAGAUUGCCCAGGUCCCCAAGGCCCACGUUGACGACUUCAAGCGCGUCAAGAAGUUCAAGAUCUUCAACACCAACAACCUGUGGAUCAGCCUCAAGGCCAUCAAGCGCCUUGUUGAGAAGCACGACCUCGAGCUCGACCUCAUUGUCAACCACAAGACCACCGACGACGGCACUGCUGUCAUCCAGCUCGAGACCGCUGUUGGUGCUGCCAUCAAGCACUUCAGCAACUCGCACGGUGUCAAUGUCCCGCGCUCGCGCUUCCUGCCUGUCAAGUCCACCUCGGACCUGUUCCUGGUCACCUCGGACCUGUACCUGCUUGAGAAUGGCCAGCUGCGGAUGAACCCUAAGCGCACGUUCCAGACCGUGCCCAUUGUCAAGCUCGGCGACCACUUCAAGAAGGUCAAUGACUACCUGGCCCGCUUCAAGACCCCGCCCCAGAUCCUGGAGCUCGACCAUCUUACCGUUACUGGCGAUGUGUGCUUCAGUGCUGACGUCACUCUCGAGGGCACCGUCAUCAUUGUCGCCAACCACGGUGCCCACAUCGACAUCCCCCGCGGUGCUGUUCUCAACGACAAGGUCGUCUCAGGCGAUCUGCGUCUGCUUGACCAUUAA